AUGAAGCAGCAGAUGAACGACCAACUUGAGCAGGUCCGAAAGCAACUCGAAGCCAUCGUCGCCGGCGCAGCGGUUACCCCGCCCAAAACGUUCGCUGAGGUCGCGCGAUCAUCGCCGUCGCCACAACAGAGCAUUGCCCUGUCGCUCUCGCCUGGUAAUACUGCAGAACCUACCGCGAACGAGUUUUUCUGCAUGAUUGAUACAUCCCGAGUAGAGGAACAGGACAGAGGCCGAGCACAGAUAGGCUCGAUUCGGCAAGCCAUUGAAAAUGAGGUCAGAACAAAGGAAGGUCAGGUGAACUGGAAGUGCGCAGCAGUUGUGAGGAACUCUCGAAACACAAAGCAAGUCAAGGUCAUUUGCAGAGAUGAAAUCGAGCUGCAACGAAUCAAGGAAGCUGCGCAGAAAACGGCGGUGACUGGAGCUCGAGUGAUGAGAGAUCAGCUUUACCCAGUCAAAGUCGACAAUGUCAAUCGUACCGCGAUCCUCGACGGAGAAGGCAACAUCCUACAAGGUGCGGCUGAGGCUCUCGGUGUCGAAAAUAAUGUCUCAAUCGGUAAGAUCACCUGGCUGAGCAACAAAGAAACGAGCAAAGCAUACGGGUCUAUGGUAGUCUACGUGACGAAAAAGAACGAUGCAAAGAAGCUUUUGGAUGGCAAGUACUUCGAUCUGGCCGGAGAGUCGGCGUGCACCAAUCCCUUCGAACCCCGCAAGGGACCGAUGCAGUGCUUCAACUGUCAAGACAUGGGCCAUAAAGCCUUCAGGUGCAGCAAGCCUCAGCUCAAUGUGCGAAAACGGGAACCAGUACAGCAGAGUUUGAUGAACGACGAGGACCUCAAGGAUUACGGAGUGCUGGCGGUCUCCGAACCGUACGCCAGGAUGAUCGACGGCAAGGUGGUGACAAGCCCCAGGAUGCACAGCAACUGGACGAGAAUAUUGCCAACGCACAUGAGCGACGGCCCCUGGCCGAUCCGUAGUAUGCUUUGGGUGCGAGACGACGUCGAAGUGAUGCAGAUGCCGAUACCAUCAGCGGAUCUCACGGCAGCGGUGCUUCGACUGCCGGAGAGGAGCGUCCUGGUGGUAUCGGUCUACGUGGAAGGGCAAAGCACAGAAGCGCUGAAAAGCACUACUGGGCUAUUGCAUGACUUGAUCCAAAGAUUCCGUCAAGGCUCUGGUGCACGCACAGAUGUGGUGUUGGCUGGAGACUUCAACUCUCAUGACCUACUCUGGGGAGGAGACGAUGUUUCGGUUCAGAGACAAGGAGAAGCGGGGCUGAUCAUUGAUCUGAUGAACGAGCAUGGCCUCAGGAGCUUGCUCCCGAGGGGCACGAAAACGUGGCAACGCAAGGAUCAGGAGAGCACCAUCGAUUUGGUGUUGACGACGUCAGAGUUGGCAGACGAAGUGGCAACAUGCACCAUCCAUCCGACCGAUCAUGGCUCAGACCAUAGAGCUAUUCAGACGACGUUUGACAUCACGAUGCCCGAGGAAGGGCGAGGCCAAGACUCCUGUUUAAGAAUGCCCUGGAAUCUCAUACGAGCCCGGACGGAUCAACUGAUGCGGAUCGUCCUGGAGGCUAUCCACGAACUGACGCCUCGGGCACGGCCGUCACCGUAUGCAAAACGUUGGUGGACCAAGGAUCUCACACAACUUCGGCGGACACACACGUUCUGGCGAAACCAAGCGAGAACGCAACGACGAGGAGGCCAACCGCGACCGGAACUCGAACGGCGGGCCAAAGAAGCGGCGAAAGAGUUCCACGAUGCCAUUCGAUACCAGAGGAAGACGCAUUGGGAUGACUUCCUCUCCGACGAUGCCAACAUCUGGAAGGCGACUAAAUAUCUUAAAGCCGGCAAGAGCACUACGGGCGACAAGGUGCCACCUUUGAGGAAAGGGGAUGGAUCGACGACCGAGGAUAAAGCAGACCAGGCAGACGAACUGCUCAUUGCCUUCUUUCCACCCUGA